CAUUGCAAGGGGUUCAUGGAAGAGCACGGCACGCUCAUCGGUCUCCGCUACUGAGCGCCUCCCCUUGAGGGAGGCUGUUGAAUGGCUUGCCAACCCCUUCAUCGAUUGACCUCAGAACCAAACACUCGGCUCGCAUCGCCAUCGUAACCGCAGCGGGGGAAAGCAGAAAACGGCGCGGAAGAUGACAUCCACCGCAGAUCCGCCCACGACGCUCUGCUUCGCCUUCGGCGGCAACCUCUGGCGGACCCAGAUGGCGCUGGGCUGCCCGGGCUCGCCCUUCAUCGGCGUUGGCCGCCUGCGCGGCUACGACGCUCGCGGGUGUGCCACCAGCGCCCCUUCAGCUCCUAUCACCGACCCGGCGAGAGCCAGCGUGGACGACGAGGUCUGGGGCUUCGUCUACGCCCUCAGCGCGGCCGAUGAGGCGCAGAUCGACCGCGGCUUCGGCGUGCCGCACGCCUCCGAGAAGCGCAUCGUGCCGGUCGAGUUCUGGCCCGCCUCGCAAACAGACGACAGCCUUCCCACCGUCCCCAGCACCACUCACAGAAUCAUGAACCGCACCACCAAUGUCACUUCAAACAACACCACCACCCCCGCCACCAGCAGCAGCAGCAACAACCACAACAACCACACAGCUCCAGCAACAACAGCAGACCCCGCCACCACCACCACAACCGUGCCAAUGCUAAUCUACAUCAACCACCAGCGCGCCCCACCCCCCAGCUCCUGCCCCCGACCAGAGCACGCGGAGCGCAUGAUCGCGCUCAUCAGCGACGCGCUGCGCGCCGGCGUGCCGCGGGCGCACAUGGAGGCCUUGCUGCAAUCGUGCGUCCCGCUCGCGUGCGCGGCCGAGGACUUUGCUACCUGGUGGGGCGACAGGCCGGCGGCUCGGACGGGCGGCGAUGGGGGGGAGUACCAAGAGAGCGGGAAGGAAGAAGAAGUGCGUUUGGCUGCUGAUUCUGGAGCGGAGGGGAGGGUGGGGCCGGCGUCGGGUUCGGGGUUUGGGUCUGCCCCCGAGAAGGGAGGGUGUGUCGUUGGGAAGGGGGCGACGGCGAAGGAGGAGGAGAACGAGGAGGAGGAGGAGCUGCCGGAGCGGGCGAGCGAGGUUUGUUAUAUGAAGUAUUUCAUGCCGUAGAUGGGUUUGCCUACUUGUCUGUAGGUAGCGUGGAUUUUGAAUUGCUGGUGCGGCGAGGCUGGUUGGUUGAGGCGCGUUAAGGAGCGAAGGGAUCUCGCUGGAUGGU